AGCAAGGCUAGAGGGUUCAGAAAAUCUGUCCAGGUAGAUGAAUCGUCAGGUUAUAGGAAAACCUGUGUCUAAAGAGCCAAGAUCAAUUGAUUGGGUACACAUUAUGAACUGGAAUCAUUAGGCGAAAAAAUGUAUGUAAGUUAUCUUUUGGAGAAGGACACCAGUAUGUACCCAAAUUCAGUAAGACAUCCAAGCCUAAACCUAAACCCUCAGAAUUUUGUACCUGCACCUCCACAAUAUCCGGACUUCACAGGAUACCAUCACGUCCCUGGAAUUACCAACGACCCCCACCACAGCCAAACAGGAGCGUGGAAUCCAGCAUACCCUGCUCCACGGGAGGAAUGGACACCUUACGGUCCGGGGACUGGACCAUCUACGUCGAGCACCAGUCAGUUGGGUUUCAGUCCACCAGAGUUUUCAUCUGUUCAAGGGCCCGGCCUUCUUCCAUCUUCCAUAAACACAUCAGUCGGUCAACUGUCGCCGAACUCUCAGCGACGGAACCCGUACGACUGGAUGCGUCGGAGCGCUCCGCCUUCAACCUCAGGAGGGAAGACCAGAACAAAAGACAAAUACCGGGUGGUAUACACGGAUCAUCAGCGCCUGGAAUUGGAAAAGGAAUUCCAUUACAGCCGUUAUAUCACAAUAAGAAGAAAAUCUGAACUGGCAACAGCACUCAGUCUGUCAGAAAGACAGGUAAAAAUCUGGUUCCAGAACCGACGUGCUAAAGAAAGGAAAGUCAAUAAAAAGAAAAUGCAACAGCCACAGCCAGCAUCCACAACCACACCCACACCACCAAACUCAGCUCUCCCAAGCAAUGUUUCUAUGGUGACAAGUAGCAGUGGUGGCUUGGUAUCACCGUCUAUGCCAAUGACAAUUAAGGAAGAGUACUAAAGAAAAAAAAGGAUGUCCAGACUUUGACUGGUGGAUGUUUUUAUAGCAUUACAGAACCCCUUCACACUCCUUUCUUGCUGCAAGAAGAAACACAACUACCAAGAAUGUGACAAAGACUGUUUGUUGUACACUGCUGUCAAAAAUACAUCAAUCAAAAGUUGGUAACACUUGUUGUAAAGUAAAUCCACAUUUUCAGUACGCAUUAAUACUAGUACAAAUACUAUACAUAAUAUUCAUUCGUUAUGUUAUGGCCUCUGUAUUCAGGAACACUAUCGCAUUUGCUUUAUUCAAUAAUGUUAAAAUGUUUUGAGAUUUGGAUGAAUUUAAAAAUUGUAUAUUUCCAAAGUAAUUUGUUAAUAAAAUGUUUUAUUGUAAAAUGUUG